AGGGACCACGGACCGUCGUGGAGCGGAAGUGGAUGUGACGUCACUUCCGGGAGAGGCGGCCAAGAUGGCGCUGUUCGAGCAGAUGAGAGCGAACGUGGGGAAACUGCUGCGGGGCAUCGACCGGUACAACCCCGAGAAUUUGGCCACCCUGGAGCGCUAUGUGGAGACCCAGGCCAAGGAGAACGCCUACGACCUGGAGGCCAACCUGGCCGUGCUGAAGCUGUACCAGUUCAACCCGGCCUUCUUCCAGACGGGGGUGACGGCCCAGAUCCUGCUCAAGGCCCUCACCAACCUCCCCCACACCGACUUCACCCUCUGCAAGUGCAUGAUCGACCAGGCCCACCAAGAGGAACGUCCCAUCCGGCAGAUCCUGUACCUGGGGGAGCUGCUGGAGACCUGCCACUUCCAGUCCUUCUGGCAAGCGCUGGAUGAGAACAUGGAGCUGCUGGAAGGGAUCACGGGCUUCGAGGACUCCGUCAGGAAAUGUGAGGGGAAAAUGGAGGGAAAUGUGAGGGGAAAAGGCGGGGAAAUGUGAGGGGAAAAAUGGCGG